GCAUGCCACUUCGACACGUGACGUUGAAGUGUCAAAUUACAUUUCUGCUUGCUGUUUAGUUUUCCAAAAUCGACCAAAAUGUUCAAGAAACUCCCUCCGGCGCCCCCAAUGCUGUCCUUAGAGGAGAUCCUAGCAGAUAUGGAGACGUUCAAGGCGGAGAAACCCGAAGUGCCGGAAACGAGAUGCCUGGAAGAGACUGAGAAUGUUUCCUUGGACGACUGGUGGAAGCUCUUUGAGACCUUCCUGAAGGACGUGGAGCAUCUGAAAGACGUUCGGACGCGGCUGGAGGAGCUGCGAAAUCAUCUGCAGGAGAAAAAUCAUAGGAUAAAAGCCAAAUCGGCGGAAAUCCACGAGCAAAUUGACAAGAAUCUGGAAGAAGUGUCGCUUUUCGAGGAGGAAAUCAAGAUCAAAGCUGAAAGAUAAUACUCGUUUAUUCGAUAACUCUCCCCAUGUUGCUCAGGAAUGUGUGCUGGACGGCAUUAAGUAAUAAUUGGAUGAAUAUUAGACGUACAUAAUGUUGGUGUCCGUCACGGAAGCGAGGCAGGAACACGGAUAGCCUGAAAGAUCGAGAAAUAAUGAGAAUGUUUCUGGUGAUAAAGAAUAUUUAUUGACUCUCACAGAAAAUCAUGUAAAUAGUAAACAAAAACUGAGAAAAAAUUCAUUAAUAAAUCAAAUAAUAAACCGAAAAAAACUGUUUGGAAAUCCGGGAAGCAUAUGCUUCAUGUAAUACUAAUUAUUACUUGAAGCAUGUGCAGCAUGCUUUACACAUUAAAAAAUCGACACAACAAACUUUACCAAAUUUACUACGAAAGGCACAAAAUACUGUUAAACAAGAUAUUAAUAAAAAUUAAAGA